GGUAAAACACUGCGGUCCAUCCCUGACGCACAGACCCCGCGUCUGUCUCGAAGUUUUAUUGAGACAUUUAUCCAUCCGAUCUGAUUUUACAAGCUCAGAAUAUGCUAAACAUUUGGGGGUGAUGACAUGGCUUUGACGCGCCGUGAAGAGAGAGCUGUAUAUAAAUCCAGGACACUAACAGGAAGGGUACGUUGACAAGAGACCUCCUGUUUGCACGAGAAAGUGUGUGUGUGUCAUCAUGCUGUGUAAACUGAUUUUAUUUUUUGCUUUGCUUCUCGCCGUCUUAGAACCUCUACUUGGACAUCCGUUGGAUACCUACGCCAGGCCUGUUCUUGUAGAAGAGGAGCAGGUGGUGAGUCCAGAAGAUCAGAGUUACUUUGAGCAAGCAUAUCUCGGUUACCCAUCCCUCAUAACCGGAGACAUCAGCAGUGAUGCUCUCAGAACAGCAGGAUUUGUUCCCAGCCAAGCUGUAAAAGAAGUCUUGUUGGGAAAGCCAUUGUUGAAUCCUUUAAGCCGUUUCCUGGGCAACCGGAAGCAGUAUCGUAAGAGAGGAAGCAAUACAGAGUGUUUCUGGAAAUACUGCGUCUGAAAAUGUCAAAUCAGACAUGCACCGACAAAUACAUGCACCUGCAUAGUAUCUGCAAUGUUCUCACCUGCUUUACGUGCAAUUUGCAACACUCAGGCACAAAAUUUGUGGGCCUGAUGCCAAAAAAUUUGCUAUUUAUGUUUG